AAAAUGGCUGUACCUUACACUGAUGAUGAGAUACCUAACAAAAAGAAAAUUGAAAAACCGGAACAAAAUGAUGAUGGCGAAUAUAAAAAUCGAACCCAAAUUCAAAGGAUAGAAAUACAAUGUAUUCGUAUUGACAAAACUACAAACGAGAGAAAUAACAAUUAUUUAAGUGUUCUUUUUAUAUUCCUUUUAACCGUAUUGUCUUACUCCCGGAUAAUUGAAUCCAAAUAUAAAAAACAUAUGAUGCGAAAUAUAGCAAGAAUCAAGGUAAAAUGGAAAACAAAUGCUGAAAUGUCUUCACCACCACAGACGAAACAUUCAACAAUGAAAUGGAUAUUUGAUAAUAUUGUUAGGCCUUUGCGUUCCAUCCCUCAAAAUGUGUACCAUGCUUAUCCUUUCUUUCCUCAAGACUUCAGUUCAUUUUAUCAAAACGAUAGGAAAUUACAAAUUUCGGAAAACAUGAAAUUCGAGGGGGCUCGAUUUGCAUCUUUUUCAACGUUUCCAGAUAUUCCAGGAAUUUAUGUAACACGGUUGGCAGCAGCGGGAUUUUAUUAUAUUGGAACAGGAGAUGAAGUUAUUUGUCACAGUUGUGGUGCUAGAUACAAAAACUGGAAACGUUAUGAUUCAGCAGUUGAUAUUCAUAAACGAAUUUCCCCACACUGUUCAUUUUUGGUAGAUAAAAUAGAUAAAGAAAAAGAAAAUCGGGGCGCAUGUGGAAGUGAUAUAAUUGAAGCAGAUAAUAAGGGUUCAAGUGAAAGCUACAAAACUGGGUACCAGACUACUGUUUUGGAAGAUGAUAGAACACUUGAAAAUAAAGUCCAACGAAAUAAAGAUAGUUGUUUUUCAAUUGUUUCUAACAAUGCUGCUGUCGGAAGCAGUAUCCACAAAGAAUCUGCUUCUGGAAAUGACAAUUUUAGUGCGUCGAGCUUGGUUAAAACAACUCAUAGUAAUGGUCCCACGUCGAGUAUGUCUAGAAUGGUUACACAAGAGGCAUCGUCAGGAACUCCAUUACAUACCGAAAAUAGUAUAUCAAAAGAGACACCAAAUCUAGGAAUAUGUUUGGAUAAACCUAAGUAUUCAAAAUACGCUGUUAGAUCAACCAGGCUAGAUUCUUUUAAACAUUGGCCAGCACAUUUAACGCAGUCUCCUGAUGAACUGUCUUUAGCUGGAUUCUUUUUCACAGGUAUAGAAGACCACUGUCGCUGCUUUUUCUGUGGUGGUGGCCUUCGGAGCUGGGAACCAGGUGACCAACCUUGGGUAGAACAUGCACGCUGGUACCAGAACUGUGCUUUUGUGCAAAAUUGUAAAGGGGGGAAAUUUAUACAAGACGUCCAAAUGAACAGAUUACCGACAGCACAACAGGACAAGAAUGAAAGCAGUGGAUACUCUUGUUUACAAAAUGAAAAUACAAAUACAAAAAACUAUAUAGAUUUCUGGAAUCAUCCUGCUGUCCUCUCUGUUUCAGAAUUUGGAUAUGAUGAAACUCUGAUCAAAAGUGCGUAUGAUUCCAUCCUGAAAUCAGAAACGACAGAUAUCACAGGAACAUUAUUACUUGAAAAAAUAUUCCAGUUAGAGGAAUGUUCUAAGAUCGACGAAUCUUCCGGACAGCAACAAAAAUCACAGAAAGAAACUUCUGUAGAAACAAAAAAUCAAGAAAUCACAGUAGACCCUGAGCUUGAAUUAUCUGUCAGAAGUUUGGAAGAAGAAAACCAGAAUUUGAGAGAUCAGCAGACCUGUAAGAUAUGCCUAGACGAACCAAUCGCUAUCGUGUUCCUCCCAUGUGGACAUCUUGCAUCAUGUGUCAAUUGUGCUCCUGCUCUUCGAAGAUGUCCUAUUUGUCGUGCGUUUAUAAAAGGAACAGUUAAAGCUAUCUUGAGUUAAAAUUAUUCUGUUUAAAUUAA